UGCCGCUGACUUUUCUUUUGAAAAACAAAUCUGUAAUAUAAUUAAAUAAAUAAUUAUUUAUUGAUAAAGUCGUUUGUGAUUAGUGGAUUUAAGUUACGAAAUGAUUGCCACAAAGCUGGAAAUAUUAGUGGACUUUGGGCCUAAACCAGACAUGUGUUGUGUGGAGAAAACUAUUAACAAACUCAAAAGUGUGGAUGGCGUUAAACAGGCAUGUUUCAAAGAGGGUGCGAUCGUAGUAGAAACCACACUACCCAGUUCUCAGGUUCUUGAUUUGGUCACCAGUGCGUCGGGCAAGAGGGCUGUGUUGCAGGGCUUUGGCGACACUCAAUCUGCAGUAGCAAUGAUAUCAAGUGGUUCCUGCUGCCACGGUGGCUUGGUUGGCGUCAUCCGCUUCCAGCAGUCGCCCCAGGGCCUCAUUGCAGACGGGACCAUUGAUGGUCUACCGUGCGGAAGCCACGGGUUACACGUGCAUGCUAGUGGAGAUCUUAGUGAUGGUUGCAAACGAAUUGGUGAGCACUAUAAUCCAAACAAUUGUUGCCAUGGCAGCCCUACCGACCCACCGAGUUCAAGACACGCGGGGGACCUAGGGAACAUAGUCGCAGAUAACACAGGCAGGGCCACGUUUAAAAUCUGUGAUGAGGUCCUUAAGGUAUGGGACAUUAUAGGGAGGUCCAUAGCUGUGACAGAAAGGCCUGACGACUUGGGUCGUGGAGACAAUCCUCAAUCUAAAAUUGACGGCAACAGUGGAAGGCCAAUCGGUUGUGGCAUCAUUGCGCGAUCAGCUGGUGUUUUCGAGAACCCGAAACGCAUUUGCGCGUGCGAUGGUGUCGUCGUAUGGGAUGAAAAGGGACGCCCGCUGGCUGGCAAGGGCCGCCGCGAGGGACUCAAGCCGUGCUGCCAAAAUCACAAAGACAAAGUGGAAAAAGAAAACCUCAACAAAGCAAGUCCUAAAAUAUAAUAAUGUAGAUUAAUAAGGGGUUAUUGUAAAACAUCGACGUAGAAGCGACAAAUACCUUUUCGCUGUAUGUUUGUAACUGACUUCAAAAAGGAGGGAAGGUUAUUGCUGUUUCACCGUUGAUUUUUAUAUACAUAGUUUAAUAAAUAAUGCAAUGAAACUAACAAAGUCAAGUGUAUAAAGGAAAUUUCAAUAUGGAUUCUUAAUAACUAAUAAAUGUAUAAUAAUAUGGUGA